CGCUUUGUUAACAAAGAAUUCCCUCAUAGCCGCCGCCGCCGCCGCCGCCGCCGCUCAUCUCGCCGAGAGGUGACGGGACCGAGGAACUCGCCGAGUUCUAAGAUAGAGAAUCGCUUUUCACAGCCUGGGGUCUGCUGCGUAGGGUGGUGUUGAAGGGGAGAAGUUUAAGAUCUGUUCCACAGAUCACGCGUGCGCGCUCGCGAAUCGGGGGUUCCACACAUAGCUUCGUCGUUUUGAAUUUGAUGUACUAAUGGAGUCUAAGGGUGGCAAGAAGUCUAGCAGUAGUCGUUCCAUGAUGUAUGAAGCUCCCCUUGGCUACAGCAUUGAGGACGUUCGACCUGCCGGAGGCGCGAAGAAGUUCCAGUCUGCUGCUUACUCCAACUGCGCAAAGAAGCCAUCCUGAUAUCCCUUUUGGCUUCCUCGUUCUAGUAGUUUAGGAUUUCUUUUCUGACACUUCGAUUCUUACCAAUCCCCCUGGCCUGCUGCUUUCCUGACAAUCGACCAGUUCCCCAGUCUUGCUCCCUGCAGUCCUCCCUCCUCCAUCUCCAGCGUUGUGUUCUGACUCACCUGCACCAAUGGCUGUUCUUUCUGCUGCUGGUGCUCCCCCGGCCUCAGCUAUCGGGUUUGAGGGCUAUGAGAAGCGCCUUGAGAUCACAUUCUCUGAGGCACCUGUCUUUGUGGACCCCCAUGGCAGCGGUUUGCGUGCCCUCUCCAGGUCCCAGAUUGACUCUGUUCUGGAUCUUGCACGGUGCACGAUCGUGUCCGAGCUCUCCAACAAGGAUUUUGACUCCUAUGUUCUCUCCGAGUCAAGCUUGUUCAUCUAUCCUCUGAAGAUUGUCAUCAAGACCUGUGGCACUACCAAGCUCCUGCUCACAAUUCCAAGGAUCCUAGAGCUUGCUGAAGAGCUGUCUAUGCCUCUUGCUGCUGUGAAGUACUCCCGCGGGACGUUCAUCUUUCCUGGCGCACAGCCAGCCCCCCACCGGAGCUUCUCCGAGGAAGUUGCUGUACUUAACCGAUACUUUGGGGGCCUGAAGUCUGGUGGCAAUGCUUAUGUGAUUGGAGAUGCAGCAAGACCAGGACAGAAGUGGCACAUCUACUACGCCACUGAGUACCCAGAGCAACCAAUGGUCAACCUUGAGAUGUGCAUGACUGGUCUGGACACGAAGAAAGCUUCAGUCUUCUUCAAGACUAAUGCUGAUGGCAACACAACAUGUGCCAAGGAAAUGACGAAGCUCUCUGGUAUCUCUGAAAUUAUCCCUGAGAUGGAGAUCUGUGAUUUUGACUUCGAACCCUGCGGCUACUCCAUGAAUGCAAUCCAUGGCUCUGCGUUCUCCACGAUCCAUGUGACGCCUGAGGAUGGGUUCAGCUACGCCAGUUAUGAGGUUAUGGGCUUGGAUGCCACUGCCCUGUCUUACGGUGACCUUGUCAAGAGGGUCCUUGGGUGCUUCGGCCCCUCGGAAUUUUCUGUCGCCGUGACCAUCUUCGGCGGGCGGGGCCAAGCUGGGACAUGGGGAAAGGAACUUGGUGCGGAGGCUUAUGACUGCAACAACAUGGUCGAGCAGGAGCUGCCUGGAGGUGGGAUCCUCAUCUACCAGAGCUUCUGUGCUGCUGAAGACGCCGUUGCUAGCUCGCCCAAAUCCGUUCUUCGCUGCUUUGAUGGCGAGAAUGCAGCACCUUUUGCGAAGGACUGCAAGCUGGCUAAUCUUGUCUGCUUGGAGGAAGUUGGAUGCUAUCGAGGAGAAGGAUGGAGUGCUUGAUGAGUAAGACGGGUUUCUGGUGUCGAUUUGCUUCUGAGUUUUUUUCUUUUUAUAUCGUUGCGAUCUCGUGGUUGUCGUUUGGUUAGCAGCCAAGCCAGGCUAUUAGUACGAAGAAUGUCGUCUAUAAACAUGUGUUCCUACGUUGCCACAUGCUGAGUCAAUCUGUAUACAGCUAGCUCUAGGUGGUCAGCUGCGUCUACCACAAUGAGCAUACAUGUAUGGAUAAAUCUUCUGUGAAAGCAUUCGAUGAAUAAGGGUUGUUUUCGUGAUU